AUGGUGCUAAACAAUGAUACACGCAUUUCAGAAUUUCUUCUCCUGGGAUUGUCAAAGGAAUCAGAACUGCAGCCCCUCAUAUUUGGCCUUUUCCUCUCCAUGUACAUGAUCACUGUGUUUGGAAACCUGCUCAUCAUCCUGGCCAUCAUCUCAGACUCCCACCUCCACACACCCAUGUACUUCUUCCUUGCCAAUCUGUCCUUUGUAGACAUCUGCUUCACCUCCACCACCAUCCCCAAGAUGCUGCUGAAUGUUCAGGUGAAGAGCAAAGUCAUUACUUACAAAGGCUGUAUCACUCAGAUUUACUUUUACACACUCUUUGGAGUUCUGGAUGACUUCAUCCUAUCUGCAAUGGCCUAUGACCGCUAUGUGGCUAUCUGCCAUCCUUUGCACUACUCGGUCAUCAUGAACCCCCGGCUCUGUGGACUGCUAAUUCUGGUGUCCUGGAUCAUUGGUGUCUUGAAUUCCUUGUUACAAAGUUUAAUGAUACUGCGACUGUCUUUCUGUACAGUCCUUGAAAUCCCUCACUUUUUUUGUGAACUCAAUCAGAUACUCUUGGGUGCCUGUUCGGAAACCUUUCUUAAUAAUACAAUGAUGUAUUUUGCUACAGUGCUGCUGGGUGGUGGGCCCCUUGCUGGUAUCCUCUACUCUUACACUAAGAUUGUUUCCUCCAUCCGUGGAAUCUCAUCAGCUCAGGGGAAGUAUAAAGCAUUUUCCACCUGUGCAUCUCACCUCUCAGUUGUCUCCUUAUUUUAUUUUACAAUCCUAGGAGUUUCUCUUAGCUCUGCUGUUCCCAAUAGCUCCCAAUCAAGUGCAAUAGCCUCGGUGUUGUACACGGUGGUCACACCCAUGCUCAACCCCUUCAUCUAUAGUCUGAGAAAUAAGGACAUUAAAAGGGCUCUGAGAAGACUGGUGGGGUGA